AACUUGACAAGGUCUUGAGUAAGUUUUACGCCGAGGUGAAAAAAAAGAACGGAGAUGACUACGAGCCAGAAUCCCUUAAAAUCAUGCUGAGCGCCAUUGAACGGUAUCUAAAGGAGAAGAACUAUCCAUUGAGCAUCGUGCGAUCGAGAGAGUUUCACUCCUCACAAGAAAUCCUCAAUGCGAAAGCAAUUUCCCUACGUCAACAAGGAAAGGGAAAGAGACCCAACAAAGCUCAGCCAAUCACACCUGAAGAAGAGUCAGCCCUGUGGGAAAAAGGUCAGUUGGGUGAUUUUAAUGGAAAGGUCUUGACCAAUGUCAACUUCAAAAAUUUGACAGAACAACUGGGAUUUCGUGGUCGCCAAGAACACUACGAUGCAUACGUAGAAGACGUAAUUAUAAGACAGCGAGAAGAUGGAACUGAAGUUGUUGAGUUCAGGGAAGGUCCCACAAAAACGCGGAGCAGUGGUCUCACCAUCAGGCGAAGAACAACACCACAGGCAAUGUUCAGCACCGAUGGCGGAAAAAGCGAUCCAGUGCGGCUAUUCAAGCUUUGGUUGUCCAAGCGACCCGAAGGAAUGAAGAACACAGGGCCACUCUAUCUUAGCAUCAUAAAUCGUCCUAAAUCAGCAGAUGUUUGGUACACCAAAGUUCGAAUGGGACAAAACACCAUCGGCAAUUUAAUGAAAUCCAUGGCCUCCUGUCUCAGGACGAAUAAGAAGCUGACGAACCACAACAUGAGGAAAACAUUGGUAUCAAAACAGAAGAAGUCUGGUCAACCGCGCAAUGUUAUCUGUGAAAUAACAGGCCAUGCACGUGAAUCUUCGUUAGACGACUACGAUGAAAUAGACGAGAAUCACAGGAAAGAACUGUCUCACAUUAUCAGUGGAUAUAAAGAAGUGUCAAACGAAAAUCAAGCAAACGAAGUCUCCCGCCAAAACACUGCAAAUGAAGCCUCAAAUCAAGAGAUUGCAGUCCAACAUAAACGAACACCUCUGGUUCCUAUUUAUCACGUCCAACAACAAGGCCAAAUGCAUCAGGCCAUGGGCUCCAAUCCUGGUUUUCAGCCGGCUGAAUUUUCAGGAUUUCCACCACGUUUUCCAUUGCAGUCUCAAUACCGCAUGGAAGCCUUCAGUUGUGCUGCUCCCGUUCCAUCGCAGAAUUACACAGGCUGCACCUUCAAUUUCUUCUCUAGAGACAGCCAGAAUUCUCCACCCCAACCACAGAAGAAACGAAGAGCUUACAUCAUUGAGUCAGACGACGAGGACUGAACUUUAACACUUCACUAUUUCUCUGAGUUAUUGAGCACUUCUCGAAUUUCUUGAAUGAAAGUUGUCUUUCUUUUGAUACGCUUGACUGAGUUUUUGACACAUGACGUCAAAGUCUUUCUGUUUUGCAUACAAAAUGAGAUGUAAAAGCGUUUCCGGUUCCGCUUUUUAUUUAAAAACC